GGGGACGGAGAGCAGAGAGCUUCAGCGCAACUGUGCUCAAUCGUUUCUUCGUCUUUAGUUGGUGCUUGGUCUCCCUCCGUCCUCUGUUUCCCAAACAGAGGUGUCUCAGCUGACUCUUUUGCUUGCUAGCAAAAUAGCACACUCUCUCUCUAGAGCUGAGCACCACCUUGCUGAAGGCAGCUAGCUAGCGACGACCAUGGUCUCCUCGGACACCAUCCGCACGGCCAUCGGCGUCAUCGGCAAUGGGACCGCCCUGGUGCUCUUCCUCUCCCCGGUGCCUACGUUCAUCCGCAUCUGGAAGAAGGGGUCGGUGGAGCAGUACUCGCCGAUCCCGUACGUGGCGACGCUGCUGAACUGCAUGAUGUGGGUGUUGUACGGGCUGCCGCUGGUGCACCCGCACAGCAUGCUGGUGAUCACCAUCAACGGCACCGGCAUGCUCAUCCAGCUGACCUACGUGGCGCUCUUCCUCGUCUACUCCGCGGGGGCGGCGCGCCGCAAGGUGUCCCUCCUGCUGGCCGCCGAGGUCGCCUUCGUCGGCGCCGUCGCCGCGCUGGUGCUCGCCCUGGCGCACACCCACGAGCGCAGGUCCAUGGUGGUCGGCAUCCUCUGCGUCCUCUUCGGCACCGGCAUGUACGCCGCGCCGCUCUCCGUCAUGAAAAUGGUGAUCCAGACGAAGAGCGUGGAGUACAUGCCGCUGUUCCUGUCACUGGCUUCCCUGGUGAACGGCAUCUGCUGGACCGCCUACGCGCUCAUCCGCUUCGACCUCUACAUCACCAUCCCCAACGGGCUGGGCGUGCUGUUCGCGCUGGCGCAGCUGCUCCUGUACGCCAUCUACUACAAGAACACCCAGAAGAUCGUGGAGGCACGCAAGCGCAAGGCGGGCCAGGUCGCCAUGACGGAGGUGGUCGUCGACGGCAGCAGGGCCUCCAACAACAACAACAACGGCGGCAGCGGCACCUACUGAUGAUGAUGAGUACGACGUAAUAUUGUGCAUGGUGACCACGCCAACACAACACCAAGCAACACGGGGGGCCAACGCCAACGCCGUGUGUAUCUAGCACUAGCAAGCGUCCUUCUUCCUGACGAAGGGAUGAUCUAUGCAUCUUAAGCAGCCGUCGUCUUCUUCUUCUUCUUCUGUUAAUCCCUAGCUUUUAUUUUCUCCAUGCUUCCUAGUAACGAAGCUUUGCCCACUGAUUAUUAGUACUUAUAUGUUGAAUCAUAAUAUUACGACCUCGGCAGCCCAAACACUUCUCUUAAUCCAUCUAAUCAAUAGACCUUAGCCAAGUCAACUUAAUCAA